AUGGUCGCUGAGAAACAGCGAAAGCCCGGAGCAGUAGGAAGCGCUCGGAGUCUGUCGGUCAGCGACGACGUGAACGCUUUCGAUGACUCACUUCCCUGGAGCCAUGUCCUGGGCUUUAAGACUGCCGCAAUUAUUCUGUCCGUUGCCGCGCUGGUCAUAAUGGGUACCGUAUUGUUCUUCAGCAACUUUGAUAUAAGCCAGAAAACAACAACCCACACCACAGCAAUCACAUCGGUGAUACUCAACGCGUCGACGACUGGAAUCGUCCUCACUCGUAAACCGCUAUAUAAGAGUGCCAUAUAUGAGCGGAAGUAUGAAACUGUUCAUGGAGAUAAGGGAGCUGAAGUGACCAGCACUGAAAACCUCCACAAGGACGCCGUUCAAAAUGCUCCUUCUGUGAACAGCUUCGAGAACUGGCGUGAGGUCGACCCUGAUGACGUUGGGACGACUGACAGGAAAGACUGCAAGCGCCCAAUGUGCAAGUGGAUUUCUCGUUACAUAUCUUCGAAAUUGGACUGGACAAUCAAGCCGUGUCACGACUUCUACUCUCAUGUUUGUUCGUCGAAGUGGUUUGCGUCUGACAACGUCGAGGAAAUGGACUUUCCGUCUCAGAGCCUAGCGAGGUUCAUGAAACAUUUAAAACAUUACAUCAUCCACAAGGCAACAGGCAACGCUUGGGAGAAGAACGCCGCAUCUUUAUUCAAAGGUUGUCUUCAGGGUGACAGAACGCUUACUCAUAUUCGCCCCCGUUUUCCAAUUUGGCCAUUGAAACGGCUGUCAGGAAUUCAAACGCUGGCCAAGCUGCAAGCCUACUGCCUACGAUUCUACAAGUCGCAGCCCUUGUUAGAGACAUUCAUAGCACCGAGCGGAACCAGAUGGAAAGGCGGAGAGCGUAGUAACUUCGCCCUGUUCGCUGAUUCACCGACCCUGCCCGUCUCUAGAUUUCAACUUCUGUAUCCAAGCGCUGCCGAAGAUGACUACAAACGUCUGAUACGUUCCCUAAUCGAAGACAAAGAUGGGGACAGAAUAGCCCAGGGCAUUAUAAAGCUGGAGAAGGCCCUAGUGAAAGUGAUAUCAAAGGAAUACGUCUCGCUGAGUCACCGUGCGGUGAAUGUCCUCGACUUGAUUCAAGACGACGAUGAUUGGCAAGUUUUGCUCAAGACGGCUCUGAGCAACCAGAAGGAUAUUAGGACGCUCGACCGAAAUUAUUUGUUCAAACUUAGACAUGUUUUGAAGAACGCGUCGUCUACAUUGGAUGUCGCCAACUACAUGGUUUAUUACACCCUUGUGCAGCUAUCGCCCUUGAUACGAAACCUGACCUUCCUGAUACCCCUGGGCAUGGGUAAGACAAUACGCGGUGUUUCUGUGUCCACGCAGGGAUGUCUGAGGCUAACGGAAAAGGCUUACGAACACGGGAUGCGUAUCUUGGGUAUGAUGGCACUAGGAGCACAGGACUGGACGCACGAAAAGCCGAAGGAAGUAGCCGUUCGUGGAAUUGUCAGUGACCUAAAGAGGAUUCUAGCAAAACACGCAGAAGAAUGGUUCACAACCCCGGGAACACGCAAGGAAGCAAUAAAAAAGCUGAAAGCACUCAAAGUGGUAAUACUCGGCGCAGCCCCCCUCGAUGCCAUCACCUACGCAAGAGGUGAGAAGGUUGUGGGCAGUAAAGAUGUUGUCAGCCUGCUCCAAGGAGGUCCAGCGAGGGAUUCGGUGAGAUUCGGCUUCUUCCCUGGUUCAGUGUUCGAUACGACUCCCCGCUAUCUACCAGAGGUGAACACCGUGUACUUACCCCACGCUAUGUUCGGAACUUUCAAUAAUGUCAGCAACCCGGCAGAUCCACUGUUCCUGCCGCUAAUCGGAGCUUCCAUGCUGGAAGCGAUGAUGUCAGCUAUGGAUUCUAGAGGCGCCGAGCGCAUAAUCGGUCCUUCUGGCAUCAGUGCGAACUGGUGGGACAUAGAAGAAGAAACAAAGGCAAAUCGGAAGAAGGAAUGCUUCAAGAAUCUGUACGGGCACAGAUUGAAAGAGCUGCUGAUAAGCAGCAGCCGGCAAGUGUUCAUGGAGAAGUUCCUGGCUCGCGGGGCUUUGCUAGAACCGCUCUAUCAGGCUUACCACAAUAGAGUGACGCAGCACUAUCCCGAUGGUCUACACAUAGACCCAGGCCUUUCAGCUGAUAUGCUGUUCUACGUCAUCUACGCGAUGGGUCUUUGCGAGCAGCCAGGAUCUGAAAAGUACAAGAUCAAGCACAAGGCUGGAAUUCCAGCAAGAAUACUCGUUAAUGCUCACGUAGGGAGCAGCGAAAGAUUUCGACGGGCGUUCCAUUGCAAGACAGAUGAUGACAUGGUCCCUGUCAAGCCCUGUUCUUAUUGGAAGCCAUAA